AUGAAGAACAAACCUUCAGCCUUCUUGAAACAGAUCUUCUCCUUCCUAUCCACCAUUGUUAAAGCCAAAACCAUGGCAAUGAAGAACAAAACCAGUGCCAUCAAAACCAGGCUUCUCAUCUUCAAUCUUCUUCGCAACAAAAAUGUUCUUUUGAGCAAAAUCAACCACAAGAUUCAUGCCAUUAUGGGAGAGAAUUACAGUAAGGCGAUUGUAUUAUACAACAAUGCAGCAGAGAAGAUGUCUGCAAACAUUAGUAAAAUGGAGGAUGUUGAUCUCAAUGGCGAUGAAGAUGAAGAAGAUGACUAUCCAGAUCUUAGGAACACAUUCUUAGAGUUGGAAGAUGAAGAUGAAGAAGAUGAAGAAGAUGAUGAGAUUGUUAAUGGAACAGGAUCUGUAAUAGAUCUGGUGAGGAACUCUAGGGGAUAUGGCAAUGUCUUUUGUCUUGAAGAUGAGAUAGAUCAUGUUGCCGAUGUGUUUAUAAAGAGGUUUCAUAGGGAGAUGAGGAUACAGAAGCAAGAGUCUUUCAAGAGGUAUAGGGAGAUGUUAGCAAGAGGUGUCUAGGAAGGAAGACAUUCUCAAUUGAAUUCAUCAUCAUCAUCAUCAUCAGCAUCUAUGAAAUUUAUGAGAAAUCAAUUGAAAAUUUUCAUGAUAUGAUAGAAUAAGAAUGGCCAUGAUCAUGCAUUAUUUGUUUUAGAGAAAAAGCAUGAUGAAUGGAUAGUGUAUGCUAUAAAUAAUAUAUAUAUGAUAUAUGUAUGCUACGUGAACAUGCUUUGUUGUUUUUCAAUAUGGAUUAUGUAAUUUCAUUUAUGUAUGCUACGUCUUUUU